AUGCUCGAAGUUUUUGGCACUCGAAUUGACCGAAUAGUGGCCGGGAUUGCGUGCUGGAAUGCCGCUACGGGCUCGUGGCUUAGAGAGUGCGGCGCCCUCGAAACAAAUGCGGGAGUGGGUGUUACUGUCGCUGGUGCUUUGCUCAUCAUGUCGAUCAUCUUUGGUUUGCUGCUAAGAAUCCCGAGAGAAGACGAGGCGCUGUUACAAUAUUUCGGGGACAAUUGGGUGCAGUUUAAAAAACGAGUCCCAUACAGUCUUGUACCAGGGCUCAUCUAA